CUUUAACACUAGCAAACCGCGCGCGUCUCUAUUUUGCCACCAUACAAGCCACAUAGCUCCUCAUUUGCUCAGCGGCGCUGUGAGAGGACUCCCAGCUAUCCCACCUCUCGCAAAUUGCUACCAGUUUGCACGUAACGGCGCGUCAUUUCAAACGCCAGCACCAUGGUCUCGCCGCGCCGCCCGCGCAAGUCCAACGACAAGAAAGUUGAUUAUGCCGCCAUGUGUGAUUCGGGGGAUGAAGAAGCGUCGGCCCAGGACGAGCCCAUGGAGGAAGAGGAGGAGGAGGAGAGCAGCGCCUCGGACAGUGAGUUAGAGGACGACGAGGACGACGACGAGGAGCUGCCAGGGGAGGACGAGGACGAGCCCAUGGAUGAUGUAUUAGAGGAGUCCUCGAACGACAGCUCGCGCCGCAAGAAGACGCCGAAGAAGAAGCCCGCGCCGAAGCCCAAGAAGACGACCGCCUCCAAAAAACCCGCGCCGCGGCCCGUCGAGGCCGACGACGACGCCGAGGUCGACGAGGAGCCGCCGGCGCCCAUCGGGAGCGUGCCCGUCGUCGCGCCGGGCGAGGACAUCUUCCGCGCCGCCGCUCGUAAAGUCUUCACGCAGCACGCGCCUUGGGUGCUCGAGAAGGCGGACGCGUGGCGCGCGACGCCCAUGUAUAGAGCUGAGCUCGCCGAGCAGGCCGCCUACGAGGCGGAGGAGCGCGAGAAGGCCGAGAAGAAGGCUGCCAAGAAAAGAGGUGCUAGCGAGAAGAAGUCGCCGGCGAAGAAGUCCAAGAAGAAGGAGGUCGAGGUGGGGGACUACUGAGGGGGUCGGGGCGUAAGGGAG